CAGACUGCGAGAUAAAAAGGCUAGGCUAAAGGAUUUUCUUGGGUUUCCAGACUAACUUUUCCACAAAAAACUCGUUUUCGGUUCGCUGCGCUGUUUUAUCAAGAUUUUCUUUCACAGCGCUGGCAUUCCUCACUUGACGUUAUAUUGUAUCGGGUCCCGGUUCAUUGUGAACUGGGUUGAGAGUUAAAAGGUUUAAUUUGCUCGUAGGAGGCGGAAAUACGGAGUUGUUAUUGUUAUUGCAGAGAAGUGUUAGGCAUCUGAUAAUUUCAUAAUUAGGAUAAUCUCUUCAAACGUGACCACACUGACAAUGGCCUCAUCAGAAGAACAACGAGCCACGCAGCUCCUGGCGGAAGCCGAGAAAAAAGCCGCGGGAGGUUCCUCCGGAGGAUUUUUAUCCAGCGCUUUCGGCAAUCGCAACAGUAAAAUGGAGGACGCCAUUGAGCUGUUCUGCCAAGCCGCCAAUCAGUUUAAAAUGGCCAAAAACUGGAACCAGGCUGGUUACGCCUUUACCCAAGCAGCGGAAGGUAGCCGGAAGCUCGACAAGAAACAUGAUGCGGCUAUGAAGUUUGUCGAUGCCAGUGUCUGCUACAGGAAAGCAGACGCUAACCGCGCCGUGGACUGCCUGAAAAAAGCUAUAGAAAUUCAAACGGAAAUGGGAAAAUUCAGCAUGGCAGCAAAGCAGCAUAUUAACAUUGCCGAAAUUUACGAAACAGAACUGCAGAAUAUCGCACAAGCCAUCCAGCAUUACGAGAAGGCUGCCGAUUAUUUUCAGGGAGAAGAAAAUAAAAGCCAGGCGGCUGCUUGCUUGCAAAAAGUGGCCCACUACGCUGCGGACCAGGAAGACUACAUGAAGGCCAUUCAGAUUUUCGAGGAGAUUGGCAACCGGAAUGCCGGAAACGCUGUGCUGAAACACAGCGCAAAGGACUACUUUUUUAAAGCGGCUUUAUGCCAUUUAUGCGUCGAUCCUCUUAACGCGCAACAUGCGGUGGCGCGAUACGAAAAGACGUUCCCAGCUUUCCAGGAUGCACGGGAAUGUAAAUUGGUUAAAGCAGUUUUGACAGCCAUGGAGGAGUCGGACGUGGAUAGUUUCACCGGAGCGGUCAACGACUAUGAUAAAAUUUCUCGCUUAGACCAAUGGACAACGCAACUGUUGCUUCGUGCUAAGCGAACACUGGGAGAAUCUGACUUAACGUAAUUGAUAUCCUAAGGUUGUAACCGAUUCUGCAAUAGAUACACAGUAAUUCGAUACACUUGCUUUAGCGUCGUGCGCUUUUUUUAUUUGAGCUGAUGAGUGCACUUUAUCAUGUACUUAUCAUGUACUUAUCAUGUACUUACUCGAAGGUUGUGCGCGCCUUGUGAUAGUGUUGUUGGUGACCUAUAUAAUUAAGCACGGCUUCCAAGUUCCUUUUCCUACCGUGUAGCUGAAUUUUGUGUUGUGCACGUUGAUAUGUAAUAAUUUACCUGUGAAGUGUGAAA